AUGGAAAAAUUUGAUGUAACAAUGAUAUCUAACUAUUUUCCUACAAUAGAAACCUUGGAAGAUAGACAGCUUCAACAACCUACUCUUGAAGAUAUUCGUAAAGCCGGAGAAAACUUUGAGCGACUUGUUGCAGCUGCUGAAGCUUAUCGUGAUCUAACAAUAAAGAUUGGCAAAGCAUCUAAAACUCUCAGUAAAGCGUUAAAAGAUUAUGGGAAUAGUAAAGGAAUGGAUAAUAUUCAUGUUAUGUGUCUUCAAACUUCUUCACAAUUUUAUGAACAAAAUUCAGAAAACAAAGUUUUGCAAAAAGAUUUUGAUAGCCUUCAGAAAGUUUCGGAAAAAUAUUUCAAAAAAACAACUGUGAGAUUUUCCCUUAUUGCAUAG